AGGCGCCGCUCGAGCGCCCUCCUUCCGCAGACAGCUAAGGAGAGGCCAGCACAUCAGGCCGCCAUUUUUCUGCAAUGGAAUUAAAUGGCCGACCCGGCUUUCCUUUGUUCCCGCCGCGCCACGCGCCUCUGUUAACACCCCACUCACGGAAGAAGGACGACUUUGAUAAAACGAGCCGGAUUUUUCCCAUCUUUGUGUGUGUUUCUCUCUCUCUCUCUCUCUCUCUCUUUCCUGCCAUGUAACUAGGUCACGGCACGCCCUCAUGUCAGGCUCCGCAGUAACCAAGCAGUCCUCCCCCCAGUCCGCCUGCCUGGAUGGGCCGCCUUCGGACCGCUCCUGCCUUGAGCCCGGUUCCUCUAGUAAACACUGACCCCAGUCCUGGCCACCUCGCCCAGUUAAACCCGCCUCCUUCCGUGCUGGCGGGAGCCCUGAAGUCUGGCAAACACCAACCAUUAGGAUCAGGCUUUUUUUUGGUUUGUUUUUUCCUUCCCAUUGUAAGUACCCGAUGAUCCAUUCUGUCCUUUAAGUGUAGUUUUCAUGUUAAUGAUAUAUAUAGAGAUACAGAUAUAUAUUUUCCAAACGUCAUCUGCAUGUCAAUUUUUUUUGUCUUGUUUCUCUGAACCAAUGUGUUUGCACUGCUUUGAAGCUGAACAAUAUGGAGUCUGAUGCUGAAGCUGUUGAGAGCACAUCCCGUGGGGAGGGGGGUGGCCGUGAUGUCUUCUAACCUGAUCUUUGUUUUUGUCAACGCCAGAGCUCUAGGCUGGAGGAGAUGUUUUGCUCUGCAAACGAGCUGAGGCUUUGAUAGGUCUCUUUAGAAUCAGGCUUUUUUCCCCAAACAAACAAACCCAAGCCCGAGCCCCUUCCCCGACUCUGGUAAGUAUUCAACCCUUUUGCCCAGAGCAAGAGCAGGCCUGGGCAGCCAAGGCGGAUCUCCCAAGGAUUGUAUGUGUGUGUGGUUGUGGUGGUGGGGAGGGGGUCGCUAACGUUGUGGUGGCAAAGCCUCUCUCCUUGUGUUGUCGAAGGUUGUUUUCCUUGUUCCCUCUUUCUCGACCCUCCUGCCUGCCAAGCCACAAUGGCAGAUGCUUAUUUUGCUCUCUCUCUUUCUCUCUCGGAGGGAAAUCGCUCUGCCGUCUGUAGCCUGAAGUCCAAGAAGCACCGGCUGGAGGAAGAAGAAAGAAAGACGAGGCUCGGCUGCCCUGCCCUCCCUCCCUCCCUCCAAGGCUUCCUUCCCCAGGAACGAAGGCACAGAAGAGCUCCAAGAUGGAGGCUUCUUUCCCAGAAGCCCAACUCCAUGGCGCCGGCCUUUCUUUCUCUGCUUGGUGCUGCCCCAGUUUUGUUCUCCAUCAAGGCAGAAAACAAACAAACAUUUUUCUCGGGCUGUAUGGCCAUGCUCCAGAAGUAUCCUCUCCUGACGUUUCACCCACAUCUAUGGCAGCCAUCCUCAGAGGCUGUGUGGCAUGGAGAAGCUAGGCAAGGAAAGGAAAACAUUUUUCUUUCUGUUUUUCCUUCCACUGUUUUUUUUAAAGUUCUCAGACCCAGGCGAAGGCUGUCUGUCUUGCUUUCCUGCGAGACCCAAGAUGGUUGCCAUUGCCAGCCCUUUUUUUUCUCUCUCUCUCUCUCUUUCCUGGCGGGGCUCCAGCCUGGGCUUGUUUUUCCGCUGGGCGCGGGAAGGGGGGAGGGGAGGGCCGAGAUCCCGGCUCUUAAAGGCACAGGAGCCCAAGGAAGGAAGGAAGGAGGGAGGGCAGAGACAAAGGCGGCGAGGGGCUGGCUCCCUUUGUGUGGCCCAAGAAUGGCGGCAGGAGGAGCCCUGCUGCCUGCACUGCAGGGACGGGAGAGCUCGGCUGGAUGGGGCUGGAGCUGGGCUUCCUGGGCCUCCCCCUCCCUCUCCACGUGCCCAACCGGUCUGCCAGCCUUGCUCAUCUCCCUGGCCUCCUCCUCCCUCUCCCCCCCCCCCCCCAAUGACCCCUAGGAAGGUUGGCGAGGAGGGCCGACGUGGCCUCUUGUCAGAGGCAGCGGGCUGGAUGGAGACUUGGCGUGGCUUUCUGUCCUGCCUGCCUUCCUGGCCAAGGCUUCCCUUUGUCUCGGCCUCCCUUCCCCCUCGGGCGUGUGGGGGUGGGGUGUGUGUAUGGGGGGGGGGAGAGAGAGAGCUUCCGCGCCUGCCUGCUUGCUUGCUUGCCUGCCUCCCUCACUCAAGAGCGGCUGCUGUGGCAAGAUCUGAUCUGACAAGGCUGGCAGGGGAGCCCCAGCCAAGCCUAAAUUUGCUCGACAACAAAGGGGUGCUUUCUUGACACUUUCUGAAACAGCACCCCGCUUCUUUCUCCUCCAGUGCCUCUCCAGACAUUACGGGCUCUUUCCUUGGGAAAUUCCACUCAUCUGCCUGCCUGCCUCUCUUUGUGCCCAGAAAGAACCCUUCGGCCAGCCAGGCCUCUUCCUUGCCCAGUCUUCAGGAAUGGGGGGCAUGGGGGUGGCUCCAAUCCUUGGCUCCUGCCAAGGAGGAGGCCCAGGGUGUUGUCUCCACAGCCUUUGUGGGGAGUGAAGACAUGCCAGUCUGCUUCUGUCAGGGACCAAAGAUCUGCUGGAGAGGUAAAACCGGUUUGGAAGCAGCAACAAGGCAAAGGAGCAGGCUGUCUGUGCAACACCGAACAGAACGCGGUCAGGCUCCUGGUCUUUGUGGGAGGGAAGGAGAUCUAAGCCAUUGCUUAAGCCAAGAGGAUUGCCCGUUGGGGGCAGGGAGGGAGCGAGGGCAGCGGAGGAGGAGGAGGUGACUCUCUUUCCAAAGGAGACAAUCCUGUGGAGUUACACAACCGCCACUUGUUUCUCGGGUGCCAUUCCAGGCUGCGUUCUUUGUUUUUUGCGAUGAUAGUGGGAGCGUGGCUCUCUUGCAAUGACUCAACCAAAUUGCUUGAUGACUUGUUUUGUUCCUUGGUUCCAGAUCCCUUUUAGAAUGGAGGCUAGAGGAAUGUGAGGAUCUUCUCCUGGGAUCACUGCACACAUGCCUAGCCUUACUUGGAAGGGUUGCCCCAUAGAAGACGGAGGGAGAUUGUGUUCUGUUGCUCCCUCCCCCAGUGAAUGGUUUCCAGUUACAAGAAAGGAGGUGCCGACUAAACGUUAGGAAGAGCUGCCUGCUGGUAAGAGCUGUUCAACCAUGGAAUGGCUUCCUUCCGAAGGUGGUGGGCUCCAGAUCAGGUUUAAACAGAAUUUAGACUAUUAUCUCAGGGUGCAUUACCAGUCAGUUCCGGCUUGGCAAAAGGCUGGAUUAGAUGGCCUUCCAGCUGCCUUCAGAGACGUGGUCUAUGGCAACGUUUUCUACCCAGUAAGUGACCAACUGGAAGGAAGUAUUGAUGCACACUUUUCUAUAGUGAUGUGACACUAAUUUGGUCAAUUAGUACAUGUAUUCUUGAGAUUCCUGUGCCUGUAAUUGUGAGCUACAGAUCCAUUAGCUGGAGUUUUUGAAUUCCUUUCAAAUUACUACAGAGUAGGCACGAGUGGCUGCUAGAAAAUACAGGCUUGUUCCUGCCAUCCUGACAAUCCAGUUCAUGAUGUACAUCCUGCCUUCCUUAUGCUUUCCUCCUGCCCUCCCCUUUCUGUCAAUAUAAUGUAGGUCACUACGUGUCUCCUACUUGUGACCAGGGGAGUUUUCUCUGUCUGCAUCCCUUGUGAUUGCUGCUAACAUUUAGUGCUACUGAAUUUCCAAGGCACUUCAUGUACAUGCUCAGGAAUUCUUACAGCUGCUCUAUACAGUUGGCUAAAAUUAUCACCAUACUGCAGAUGUGGAGCCCAGACUGAGAGAUCGCAUGUGGCAGGCAGACACUCAGUAACUGCAAGGUUGAGGUGAGAUCUGAAUUGGUGAUUUGCCAGUUUGCAAAUACAGCCCUGGUGAACCUGUGGCCCUCCAAAAGUUGAUGACGCACUGCUGUCAUCACAACUAGCCAUUGGUCAGGCUAGGAGGAGCUGAUGGGAACUGUAGUCCAAAAAGAUGGAGGGCACAGGUUCCCCACUUCCGCAGUUUAGUGUGUGAGCUUCCUCUUGUGUUGAUAUGCAUGGAAUGAACACUGAAUUAUUCAAAAUCUAUUUUGUGCUAGGCCUAGGUAGGGAAACUAGAUAACUUGCUUUCUAGCUCAGAGAUGGAAUUGGCUUCACAUAGAAUGUUUUAAUAUACACAAGAGAGGUUGAUAAGAAAUGCAAUUAUUAUCAGAAAGACUUCAAAUAUUUCUAGCACAGGAACUUAAAAAAAACUAAACAUAGGUAUUUCUGUCUCUGAAUUAAUGUAACCUUUCCAUAUAGUUAGUUACUGUGUCUGUAGCAAAUAUUUUGCAAAAUCAGAAACAAGUUUGCCUCCUUUUGUUUACCUUUAAAGUUUCUCUUUUACAAAAAAAAAAUAGCAAACCAUACACAUAUUUCUUUCUCACCCAGGCUGUUAAUGAUGUCAAACUUGGGUUUGUAUAUGGCAUACAGAUACAUUCUAGCUAAAAUAGAUUAAGCAACUAACCUUGGGGCCAUUGGCUUAUUUCUCAUCCUCAGCAUUAUUAACCGAAAGGCUUCCCUGCCUGUGAAGAAAACAACAGUUUUUUUUUUUGUUAAUUGAAACUAAACUUCAAUCUUGCUUCAACAAGCUGCUUAUAAAACAUUCUGGACCUUGUCAAAGUAGCCCUUUCUGCCACAGGAAAUGUUUAGUUGGAGGAUAGUAUAGAAGAGUGUCCAAGAAAUUCCACUUGACUGCUGUGGAUGGGUGUAGUUAAGAAACAGCAUGCCUUCUUAAGUAAAUUGCCUGGUAGAAGCCUCUUACACACACACACAUACACACACGUCUUCCUACAGUACAUUGUAGAAGCUCUAUUUUCUCUCUCCCUGUAUUUGUUAACCUGGAAGCUUAUUUUAAAAGAAGUAUUGUUUUAUUAAAUCUCCAGAUUUUCUUGAAGGAUUAAAUGUUAUGAGCCAAUUUCACUUCAACUAUCUUUGUUAGAUUUAAACCUUUAAGUCUUAAAUUCUUUGGAACGAAAUCAUAUACAUUGCUUUCUGAAGGAAACACAUGACAUUUCUUACGGUUUCUGCAUAUCAUGAUCCAUCCCUACACUAGCUAUCCAGUUAGCGCCUGCUUGUACUUUUUCUGCAGGUAACUGCAGACUGUUUUACUGACCAUGGCUGUGUAAAUCUCUCUGGGUGUUGUUGUAUUGCCCUCCCCUCCUUUCCUAAGACACAAGAGAUUUAAGGCCACAAUAAAUUCAUGUCGGAUUUGAGCCUCGGUCAGGGUUCAACCUGCUAAGUGCAGUGUUGUUUUAGGGUAAAGCCUUUGAAACUGAUUGGCUAAAGUGCUGUCAAGACUUCAUGUUCAGUUACUCAAAGCAGUUUGCAAGUGAGCUUCUGUGAAGGAAAGCUAUCAGUCCUUUGGGACUGCAGUCUCAUUGGGAAUUGGGAAGAGGUCUUGGCAGUGGGGAAUUUUAAAUAGCAGUUAGCUUUAAAGCAAAGUGUCUAAAGAAAGAAUGCUAAGUGUUGUUGUGUGCCUUUGUGUUGUUUCUGAGUUAGAGUGAACCCCUUGUGGGGUUUUCUUGGCAAGGUUUAUUCGGAGCAAGAUUGCCUUUGUUUUCCUCUGAGGUUUAGAGAGUGUGUGACUGGCUUAAGGUCACCCAAUGGGUUUCCAUGACCAAGUGGGGAUUUAAACGCUGAUCUCCAGAGUGAUAGUCGAAUGCUUGAACCAAUGUUGGAUUGAGAAAGGGGCAGCUUUAAGGACAAGACAAAAGAUUAAACUGGGAGUGAGGCUUGGUAUCAACUUCUAGCCUCAAUACUGGGUGGAUACAUUGGAUGAGAAAUGGAUGCUAGGGACCCUACUUAUGAAAUAUGAUAGCUAAAAGAAGAGUUUAGUCAGUGGCUUGACAGGGAGGGAGCAGAGGAAACUGAUGAAAACAUUGUCUGGAGGAAGUGGAGAAAGAACUUGCUCUCUUACUAAAACCAGUUGUCUAGUAAAAACAAUGUGGAGGCCAUACCACAAAAACCUUCAUGUACAAUUUACUACAGAGUUAAUAAACUUCACUGCUACAAGGUGUGGCUUAGACGGCUUUAGACACAUUUCUGAAAAGUAUGCCUAUCAAGAGUUAAUAGCUAUUCUAUGUUAAAUAAGGUUUUGUUCAGAGGCAGUGUGCCACUGCAAAUGAGUUGCUAGGAAGCAACAGAUUUGCCUCAAAGGUAUCGCUAUAGGCUCCAUUUGACACUGGCGGAUACUAUGAGAAUCAAGAUGUGCGAGCAGCUGAACCUUUUGGUUUGAUCCAGCAGAUCUUUAUGGUUCUUAAGAUGUACAAAAAAGUAAAAGUCGGGCUAUGGUGCAUGGAGUUGCUAGACCAGGGAACGGUGCAUGCGGUUGCAGAGCCUAUAGCCUGAAGAAGAGCUCUACUCUGGAUGCAGUGUGUUGUGAAAAAUUAGCUGAAUUUUACAUAAUUCAGAAAAAAAACUAGCCAGAUCUUUUGCUGGAGAGUAUAAGUCAAUUAGAUUGUGUAGUAUGCAUGUACUCAAUCAUCUCUUCGCUCGUUAUUCCAGAGCAAAGCAGAUUUGAGAACAGUCAUCAUUGGGCUACACUGUCUUUGGGUAACUGCUUGCUGUUUGUAAGCCCUGUCCUUCCUUGUAAACUAUUUUGGGAAAUUGGAUAAAUAUAAGGAUAUUGGGAGACUUUUUUUUUAAAGAACCACAUAUGCUUGCAAACGACCAAGUGGUAAAAUAGACAGCACAAUCUUGGCUUCAGAAUGCCUACUUUAGAACGGUAAGUGUUUUCUUCUGACAAGUGAGAAAUGGGGAAGUAAUGUAAUCUUAAAUUGCUUAACGAUAGUUGCUGCACAGGAAACCUGAGGCCCUGGCCCUACACAUGUUGUGAUGGAGUCCACCGCCUACUUCCUGUUUAUGGUGUUGAGCACUGCCCUGGACUAAUAGCUCAUAGAUUGCCUAGCUACGUGUGACGUGUUGUACAACCAUGCAAUUGUAACCUUUUCCAUUGUGGGACCCACCAUAUGUUUUAGACAGCAACUUUCAUAAGUUCUAGUCAGCAUGGCGAGCAGACAGCUUUUAUAGAAUUUGAAGUGUUGACACAGCCAGAGUGCACUACAUAUAAUUCCCGCCAUACACUCAUGUUCUCAGGGGAUGUUUCCUCCAGUCAGCCAGGACUAGGUUGGAAACUCUCGCGCAGAGGACCUUUUCUUCAGCUGCCCUAGACUGUGGAAUGAUCUGCCAGAAGAGAUUCGACAGCUGAAAAUUUAAAACAGCAUUCAAGACCAGUCUUUCCUAGCAGGCCUAUCCAGAUGGUUUUUAAAUUAUGAAUUUUAUAGUAUAGACUCAUUGUUUUAAUAUGUAUUGCUCUUUAUAUGUUCUUUUAAACUGACAUUAUUUUUAAGUGGUUGUUGCAUUUUUAAUUUACAUGUGUUAUAUUUUAAUCCAGUAUUGUUCUCUGUCUGAUCCAUAGGUAGCAGCGGGUAAGAAAUAAAGGUUCUUUUCAUCAUAAUGAUAUUUUGGGGAAAGCUGACAUUGUGUAACCAUGAUUUUAGGGCCUGGUUUUUAAAAACCUACUUCUAAAAAGCUUAAGAUCUUUGGAUGUCGUGGUUCUAAUGCUGACCUCAUCUGUGGUGUCUAAAUAGAGUCUGGUUCAAUGGAAAACUGUCCAUUCAAAGAGUAAAUUGGUAUUCAUGGAGCUAUUCUAUCGCAGCAGUGGAUGAAGUGCAAGUGCCCUGUUGUUAUUGGACUGCAGCUCCCGUUAGCCCUGCCCAGCUUUGCCAGUGGUAAGGAAUACUGGGAGUUGCAGUCCAACUGCAUCUGUUUGCUUGCCCUUUUACCUACCCCUGCUCUACAUACAGAUAUAUGUCAGCUGUUUUCAUUUGGCUGUAAACAAAAUAUGCAUCCCAAUAAUACGUCUGUAGAUGACAGUUACUGGCAAAUAAUAUUGGUGGUCUGUUGAAGGUAUUACCUGUGUUGUCUGAGGAGGAAGGAAAAAACCCAUCUCCUGUAUGGACAGUCAUUAAUGUGCAGACCUUUAAUUUCCCAAAAAAGUAUUAAUGCUUGAACCUUCCCUCCUCCUUGAAAACUAACAUGAUUCAUGGACCUGCCAUGCUACUGCCCUGUAAGAAAUCAUCUUGGGAUUUGUAUGCCUUCCCCUUUUUCUUUCCUCCUUCCUUCAUUUUUCUAAUAAAGAAUAUAUUCACCUUUACUGGCCUACUGUCUUCAUGGAGUUGUCCCUAAAAUUGUGAAUUAGUCAUCCUCUGGUAGCACUAACUUUUUAUUUUCACAAACCACACCAAAGUGAUUUGCCUUUCAGCAAUAGAUACAUAACUGCCUUGGAAUGAGAAAAAGUUGGAGUAAGUUCUCUGAAUAUUUGUCUCCUUACUAUCAGUUUCGGAUAUAAUUCAGCUGAGUUUGUGUCAGACCAAUUGCACUAACUUCCAGUAUCUUUUAAUAAAAUUAAUAAAGUGAAAGAGUAGUGUAGGCCUAAUAACUGCAGUUGUUAGAGAAUGAAAUUUACCCAUAGAUUUGGCUUUUUGAUUGGUUAAAAAUAGAAGUUGUAUGUACUUAGGGUAAAGUUAAAGGUUUCCCCUGACAUUAAGUUCAGUCGUGACCGACUGGGGGGGUUGGUGCUCAUCUCCAUUUCUAAGCCGAAGAGCCGGCGGCGUCCAUAGACAUCUCCAAGGUCAUGUGGCCGGCAUGACUGCAUGGAGCGCCGUUACCUUCCUGCCAGAGCGGUACCUAUUGAUCUACUUACAUUUGCAUGUUUUCGAACUGCUAGGUUGGCAGGAGCUGGGGCUAACAGCGGGCGCUCAUUCCGCUCCCGCGAUUUGAACCUGGGACCUUUUGGUCCGCAAGUUCAGCAGCUCGGGACUUUAACACACUGUGCCAACCAGUUAAGUUGGUCUGUGCCAUUAUGUCCUGCAUCUGCUUUGAGGAUGCUAGAAGAAGAAACAAAAUGAUAGAAAUAUAUUGUUUUAUGCAAUCCAGGUUUUCUAUUAGUGCCAGUAAUUAUAUGUUUAUAAAACUAUGUAACAUGAUUUUUGUUCCUGGGUUAUACAUGUCAUUUCCUAGUUGGUUCUAUCAUAAAACGUUAGGAAAAGUUUAUUAAACUGCAAAUACUUUGUUUGCGCAGUCUUCACAAAACGUUAAAAAUGGCAUAUUGAAAGGUUGAAUUGAAUGGCAGCCACAAAAACAAAGUUUCUGAAGCAUAACCACUACUUUCAAACUAAGUACCGCACAAUUAAACAAGAAUAACACUUUCAAACCAAGAAGAGAUUUUUUUCUCAAAUUCUGUUAUAUAGUGUAUUAGUUCAUAGUUCUAGAUAUUUCCUCUCUGAAAUGUUUCUCAUUAAAAAGCCUAAGUGGUAAGUUAGAAGUUAUUUCCCCCCCUCUGCUAAGACUGGCAUCCAAUAAGCCAUGGUAUUUCAUUUAAAGUCAAGGGUUCUUGCAUGCCAAACACAUUUUGGACAAAUAUUGCAAGCUGAUUUUGGAACUGGCAGUAUCCAGAAGUCAUUUGCCAUGCAGCCUGUGGGGCUGUCAUUCAAAUGAAAAAAGAUCCAAAGCCCUGUUGGAUGCAGGCUAUAAAUAUAUUGUGCUUUUGGAUCUUGGCCCUGUGUUCUUGCUUGGACAAUUGACAUAUUCCUUGGCCAGCUGCCUCUUGCGUUUUGAACUGGUAGUUUCCCUUUCGGAGUUUUCCAAGGCAUGCAUUACUUUUGUCCAGACUUGGAAGGCCAUCUAGUGGUAAAACCAAGUAAUGCAAAAUGUGCAGCUAUGUGAACUCGGCAUAAGAUACUUUAAAACAGUUUUUCUCCAAACAAGAUUUUGGGUCAUUGAUACAUUUGGGUUGCAGUCCUACAUCCUAUAAGAAUAGUUGAACUUGGGGGUUGUUGGGUUGCGUAUAAACAUUGCAAGCUAAGUCUUCUAACUCAGAAGCUUACCAAUUUUGCGUUCUGACUUUUCACAUCAUUCGGAACUCCCAAACGAUAAAAGACGAUAAAAUAGAAACAUAAGCAACCAAAUAAAAAGCAAAAGGAAAGGAAAGCCAGCAUGCCAAAAGUUUCAUAUAUCACAAUUAGGUUGGGAGAGCCAUCAUGGUGUAGUGCAGAGCUUUCCAAACCGUGUGUCGUGACAUGUUUGAGUGUUGGCUGCAGCCUGUAGAAACCUCUGUCUAUAUGAAAUACUGUAAGCAAUAAAUCAUGAAUUUUAAAAAGUAUAAAUGAAAGGUUUUCAUAUUCAUGAGAUAUAUGUUCCCAUACAUUUCAUUAUUACAAUUUAUAUGUCUUUAUCACUUAUAAUGGGCUGGUUUAAACUCAUUUGCUAAUAAAACUGAAUUACUGUGUCACAAAGUGAUGUGUGUCUAAAAAGUGUGCCACGGACAUGAAACGUUUGAAAAGCUCUGGUUUAGUGGUUUGAGUGUUGGACUAGGACUAUGGGAGAUCCAGGCUGUGAUCCCUGUUCAGCCAUGGAGGCCCACACUCAAACUUUAUUCAAGCCAUAAUCUGUUAACCUCAGAGGGUAAUUGUGCCAAGAAAAUCCUUGGCUAGGGUCACCAUAAACAUGAGUGAACAUGAAGACUUAUAACAAUGACCAUAAAAGUCUUUAGUUGGCUACUAGUGGCCCCUGAGGGUUAAAAACUCUUCACUGGUGUAACAUUUAAUCCCUCAUGUACCAUGGUCAAGAUUUGUGUCACAUUCAUGAACACUUCUCACCAGGAACAAAGGAAUGUGCUGUUUUAGAAGUGUUUCUUACAAAUCAUAUUAGGAAUCUCAGGAUUACCUAAAAGUGCUGGCCUUGGAGCAGUCAAGACUUCAAUUAUUGACAAAUCUUGGUGCAGAACCUCAAGUCCUUUCAUUCUAGACUACGUCUGAAGCUUGUAAUGUGGACAAAAAGGACUGGGAAACACUAUGUUGGCCUGAACAAGUUGAAGGACGGCUCCUUUUCAUGAAUCGGUACCUUUUAAUUGGCUGAAACAGUUCUAGUUAUCUAGUUAAGUUAUUAGAGUUCUGAGCUACUAGAAGGCAUGGGGUGGAUUGGGGGAGUUAACAGCCAUCUGAGAUGAGACAUUUGCAUUUAAAUUGGGUUCAGAAGAGGCUCCCCUACCUUGUAAAUUCAGAUUAAACAUAAAAAGCUGGAAGUACAGCCUUCUUGAAAGGUCCUUCUCCUGCCUGAAUUCUAGGCCCACCCCAUUUAUGUUAAGUGUUGACCUAAUCAACACUCUCAUUCAAUGAGAGUUCUCUAGCCGUAAUUAAUAACGGGAUUUGGGCUUAAACUUGGAGAAGUUUGCCCUUUUCCAAUUAUUAUUGGCUGGUAUUCAGACACAUCCAGAAAUGGGUUGUGUAGCAGCGGGAGGAAAUUCCUCGUAUUAAACUCUAGGAAGGAAUCUUCUCUCCUGAUGUUAAACAAGGAAAAAAGGAUCAACUAUUGACUCGAAUCUGAUCCUCACCUUUUUGAGCUAAAUUAUCUUGCCAAAAUUAGAUCUGUGUAAUACGGUCAUCGGAAUGCUGAGCCAAAGCCAAAGAGGAAGCUGCUUCAGGAGCUCCUAUUUGAGGGAUGCCAUCUGUAAUUUAAUUGUCAUAAUAAUAAUACUUUAUUUGUAUUGCACCCUAUCUCCCUGAGGGGACCCAUGGCUCAAUGCUACGCAAUCCUGGGAUUUGUAGUUUGGAGAUAGGGAUGCCCGGGGUUUUUUAUACCAUUUUGGGGAAAAACUCCCCCUUUUCAGGUGAUAAGGUGGUCAGCAGCUAAUGACUCACAUCUAUAAUAUAUGUAGCUAAUGAUCCCCGUCCCCUCGAUCAUUGCUUGUUGUAAUUGUUAUUGUUUAUUUUAAUUGUAUAGUUGUAUCUGUUUUAAUACUGUAUCUUAUCUGCUGACUAUGUAGUGCAUGUUGGUUUUAUGAUUGGAAACUGCCCUGAGUCCCAUUGGGGAGAUAGAGCGGUAUAUAAAUAAAGUUUUUUAAAAUUAUUAUUAUAAAUGGCUUGCUGUAUUGUGUCUUGUUAUAGAUGUGUCAUUAGUUGUUGACCACCUUAUUGUCUGAAAAAGGAGUUUUUCCCCAAAACAGGGUAUAAAAAACCCAGCCAUCCCUGUUGCACUGAUACUGUACCUGCAACUGGACUUUUUCACUCAUUGUAUUGGAGGUUUUCAUCCUGUUUGGACCUUGACUGACUUUAUUUGCGGAGACUUUUUGUUUUGAGAGCGAGGCUCCAUUCUUAUCUUCUCCGUGUGACCAACCGUCUCUUCACUUUUUUACUUCUUUUGGAAGAACUUCUCCUUGAACUUGGACCCCUGAAGAUUACAUACAUUGAGACUGAUAUCAGAUACUUUCUAUUUGAGAGCAGUUCCUCCUUUUUCAUUGUAUUUUCCAUGCUACUGUAUUGAGCUUUGUGCUGGGGAUUGUGGUGUCACUAUAUGCUAUAUGGUCAUUACAGUUCUCCUUCUGCAUAGACUAUAUUGUGUUUGUUUAGAUCAGGGGUCCCCAAACUAAGGCCCGGGGACCACAUGCGGCCCAUCGAAGCCAAGGAAGAUGCUAGCAUUGCGGGGUAGGAGGGAAAGGCGUUGGUGCGUACCUUCCAAAGCUUUGCUUGUUUAUAAUGGUAUUUUAAUUAUUAUUUAAUUAAUAAUUAAUUAUUAAGGGGCGCUUUGCUAGUGCUUUUGGUGCACAAAGGCAGAAGGUUGGACUAAAUGGCCCAAGGGGUCUCUUCCAACCCUUUUUAUUAUUUUUACUAUGAUAUGAUUAUGAUUCACAUUGAGGCUGUAUUUGUUUUUUUACUUCAAAAUAAGAUACAGUAGAGUCUCACUUAUCCAAUGUUCUGUAUUAUCCAAGGCAGUCUGGCUUUUAGUAAUCAAUGUUUUGGUAGUAAAUGUUGCAAUGUUUUGGUGCUAAAUUCGUAAAUACAGUAAUUACAACAUAACAUUACUGUGUAUUGAACUGCUUUUUCUGUCAAUUUGUUGCAAAACAUGAUGUUUUGGUGCUUAAUUUGUACAAUCAAAAUGUAAUUUUAAGUUUAAUACAGUAGAGUCUCACUUAUCCAAGGUUCUGGAUUAUCCAAGGCAUUUUUGUAGUCAGUGUUUUCAAUAUAUGAUAUUUUGGUGCUAAAUUCGUCAAUACAGUAAUUACAACAUAACAUUACUGCGUAUUGAACUACUGUUUCUGUCAAAUUUGUUGUAUAACAUGUUUUAAUUUGUAAAAUCAUAACCAAAUUUGAUGUUUAAUAGGCUUUUCCUUAAUCCCUCCUUAUUAUGCAAGAUAUUCGCUUAUCCAAGGUUUUGCCAGCCCGUUUAUGUUGGAUAAGUGAGACUCUACUGUGUGUGUGUGUGUGUAUAUAUAUAUGUAUAUUUAUAUACAGCAGAGUCUCACUUGUCCAGCACUCGCUUAUCCAACGUUCUGUAUUAUCCAACACAUUUUUGUAGUCGAUGUUUUCAAUACAUCGUGAUGUUUUGGUGCUAAAUUCAUAAAUACAGUAAUUACUACAUAGCAUUACUGCGUAUUGAACUACUUUUUCUGUCAAAUUUGUUGUAUAACAUGAUGUUUUAGUGCUUAAUUUGUAAAAUCAUAAACUAAUUUGAUGUUUAAUAGGCUUUUCCUUAAUGCCUCCUUAUUAUCCAAGAUAUUUGCUUAUCCAACAUUCUGCCGGCCCGUUUAUGUUGGAUAAGUGACUCUACUGUAUAUAUAUAGGCAUUAAAGGUCCCCUACUUAUAUGGUUUCCAUGUUUCGGGGUGCUAUGUGAUUCAGUAUUCCCUGUCUUAAUAAUAAUAAUACUUUAUUUUUCUAUGCCUCCACCGUCUCCCCGAAGGGAUUGGGGCCGCUAACUUGGGGCCAAGCUGAAACAGAAACAAAAUACAGUAGAGUCUCACUUAUCUAAUGUAUUUGUCCAUUAUUUUAUUUUGUGUAUUGUUGGAAUGUUUUAAGUUUAUGUUAAAUAUGUUGUUGUUGUUCGGGCUUGUCCCUGUUGUGAGCCGCCCCGAGUCCCUUCGGGGAGAUGGGGCGGGAUAUAAAAAUAAAGUGUAUUAUUUAUUAUUUUUAUUAUCUAACAUAAACGGGCCGGAAGAAUGUUAGAUAAGCAAAUACAUUGGAUAAUAAGGAUGGAUUAAGGAAAAGCCUAUUAAAUGUCAAAUUAGGUUCAAAAUAAGAGAUGUGCAGUGUGCAUAGGAAUUUGUUUAUAGGUUUUUUGUUCAACUAUAGUCCGGCCCUACAACGGUCUGAGGGACUGUGAACUGGCCCCGCGUUUAAAAAGUUUGGGGACCCCUGCUCUACUGUAUGUGAAGUGUGAACUGCAUAGGAAUUUGUUCAUAAAAAAAAAACCAUAGUCUUAUGUCAUUCUUUGUAUAUAAAAGUUCUGUUCUGCCUCUCGAUAACAGUCUGGCCCUCCAACAGCCUGAGGGACCCCAGUUUAAAAAGCUUUAGAUCCUAUUGAGAGCCCCACUUCUGAGGGGACUCCAUGGGAUGUCCCUAAACGCCAGGAGCCGAGUGCCAGGCUAGCAGGGAGUGGGCUGCCUGCCAUUCUCCAUCCUUGGCAGGCCAGCAUCUUGGAGAGCAAGCUCGGCGGCGCUUGGGACGGUUCCUUCCUCGGAAAUGUCGCUUUCUUCGAAGCGGGAAGCAGCAGCAGCAGCAGCAAGCGGGCGCCCGCCCUUUUCUGUGAGGGAAACUUCGAAGGCCAGCUCCGACCGCAGCCUUCCCCCUCUUCCUCUCAGCCCGCCCUGAGUGAGGAGCUUCUUCUCUCAGUUUUUCCCCUCAGAAGCGUCUUCCCGCGCUUUCCCCCCCUCAUGGCCCACGGAAAGGACGGCCGCGACCCGGCGAACCAGGGAGCGAGGAAGAAGCCCGGCCAAGAAGCCCGCCAGGUCAAAAUGGUGGUGGUGGGCGACGGCGGCUGCGGGAAAACCUCGCUGCUCUUAGUCUACGCCCGAGGCGCCUUCCCUGAGCAAUACGCUCCUUCUGUCUUUGAGAAAUACACCACCAGCGUCACUGUGGGCAAGAAAGAAGUCCUCCUCCACUUAUACGACACGGCAGGGCAAGAUGAUUACGACCGCCUGCGACCGCUGUCCUACCAAAACACCAACGUGGUUUUAAUAUGUUAUGACGUCAUGAACCCUACUAGCUUUGAGAACGUAUUGAUUAAGUGGUCACCUGAGGUGAACCACUUCUGCCGUGGGAUCCCCAUCGUCCUCGUUGGCUGCAAGACGGACCUCCGGAAAGACAAAGAACAUCUGCGCAAACUCCGCUCGGCUCAGCAGGAGCCCAUCACUUACAGCCAGGGUGAAGAUGCUGCCCGCCAGAUGAACGCCCACAUUUACCUGGAGUGUUCUGCCAAGUUCCGGGAAAAUGUCGAGUCCAUCUUCCGGGAAGCCACCAGCAUUGCUCUCAAUACUAUGAAAAAAGCCAAAAAACAAACAAAAUCCAAGCCGUGUGCCAUAUUAUGAUACUCCGGACAUUACACGGACCCGGCCAAAGCAUCUUGCCAGAUCUCUUCAGCAAUGGGCAAGCAAUAUCUUAUUUCAAACUGUGUGUAUAUAUAUAUAUAUAUAUGUAAAGACUGGAUUUGAAUAGGAAAGCCAACUUGUUUUCAUGUAGUACUUUCUGCUUUGGGAGCUUAGGAUUUGACUACUGCAAAUAACAAAAUGUCACAACAUAGCUUUCUUUAAAAUACAGUAGAGUCUCACUUAUCCAACAUAAACGGGCAGGCAGAAUGUUGGAUAAGCAAAUAUGUUGGAUAAUAAGGAGGGAUUAAGGAAAAGCCUAUUAAACAUCAAAUUAGGUUAUGAUUUUACAAAUGAAGCACCAAAACAUCAUGUUACACAACAAAUUUGGCAGAAAAAGUAGUUCAAUACGCAGUGAUGUUAUGUUGUAAUUACUGUAUUUACAAAUUUAGCACCAAAAUAUCACGAUAUAUUGAAAACAUUGACUCCAAAAAUGUGUUGGAUAAUCCAGAAACUUGGAUAAGCGAGUGUUGGAUAAGUGAGACUCUACUGUAUAUAUAAAUGUAAUGUGCAUAAUUCCCAUGGAGUAAACAACAAAACCACUGGACCAAGUCACACCAAAUUUGGCCACAAAAGACGUAGUCAUCCAAUCAAUCUGCAUGCGGUAGUGUCAGCAAAAAUGCCUAGGCGUGUCCGUGCUGACACGCGUGUCAUACGUUGGCCAUCACUGACCUAUGGGGUUAUUACACCCCCUAGAUGUGGGUGAAACGUCAGGAGAGAAUGCUUCUGGACCAUUGACAUACAGCAUCAAAAACUCACAGCAACCCAGUUAUUCCAGCCAUGAAAGCCUUCGACAACACUCAAAUCUUAUCUUACUUUUUUUCUUAAAAAUGGAAAUAUGGUGUGGUCUUCUCAGCACUGUUUGCACAUGACAGUAUGGCAACUCCGUCAUUCCUGUUUGGGGCAACAUUAAAGGUAGGGUGUUAUUUUAAAAUAAGCUCACAAUCUCUCUUCAUUUGCAAGAAAGAUAUUUAACAAGAUGCCAACCUCAAAGACCCCCUUAUAAUUGAGUAACAGGUUUUGUACCAAAUAGCAUUGGAUCUGUAUAAGAGACCGUUGUGAUCCACCCCGAGAUCUUUCCCGUCUGAUUUCCACAAGAGUGUAUUUAAAUUAAGGGAAUAAAACUGCCGUGGGAGAGAGGCAUCUCUUGCUUCAUCUUGCCUGCCACUCUUCCGAUGCAUUUCCUAACCAUGUGAGCCACCCUCACAAUAUAUACUAAUAUAUUAUUAUAUUAUUAGGAUGAGAUCUGACAACAGCAAAGCCACUCCACAGUGGAGGCAGUUCUUUAUUUGCCAUUAUUUCCUUACCCCUCUCAAGGCAUAACAAGGUUUGGCCAGAGAUGGAGAACAUUCAUUCCACUUUUGUGCCGGCAAAGUAACAUAUUAGCGAUAGCAUUCAUUGUGUUUCAAGACAUGAUCUAGUUAUUGGGUUAGAAGACGCUCAGGCCUCCCUCUCCCAAGAUAAAAGAGCCUUUAUAUAUGCUCUAUAUCAGUGGUUCCCAAACUUAUUUCCAGAAAAAAUAUGAUUCAGCGCUCCUUGGAAAGGGGGGCGUGGCUUAGAGGGGUGGGCGUGGCUCCUGAUCAAGAGGGCGGGGCUGAGCCUCUCCCCUAGUCCAAGAUGCAGGGCUGGGAGGGGGAGGUGGAUGGGGACACAAAUGGGCGGCCAGGACUGGGAUGGGCGGAGUUACGAGCUCUGAGGCAGGGCUGAGCAUCUAUCCCUGUCCUGCAGCACCUGCCAGGACACGGGGCAGGGCUAGAGGAGGGGGCGGGGCCUCUUCUCAAGUGUGUGAUGGGGCUGAACCUCUGUACCCCAUGUUCAAACAAGCGCCUCAGGGGAGGUAUACAGAGGCUCAGCCCUGUCUCAGGAGAGGUAUAGAGGCUCAGCCCUGUCUCCAGAGAGGUAUAGAGGCUCAGCCCUGACUCAGGAGAGGUAUAGAGGCUCAGCCCUGUCUCCGGAGAGGUAUAGAGGCUCAGCCCUGUCUCAGGAGAGGUACAGAGGCUCAGCCCUGUCUCAGGAGAAGUACAGAGGCUCAGCCCUGUCUCAGGAGAGGUAUAGAGGCUCAGCCCUGUCUCAGGACAGGCAUAGAGGCUCAGCCCUGUCUCAGGACAGGCAUAGAGGCUCAGCCCUGUCUCAGGACAGGCAUAGAGGCUCAGCCCUGUCUCAGGACAGGCAUAGAGGCUCAGCCCUGUCUCCGUAGCGGUAUAGAGGCUCAGCCCUGUCUCCGUAGCGGUAUAGAGGCUCAGCCCUGUCUUGGGCUCUUGGAUCCCUAGCUCCGCCCUCUGUGUCCCAACAAGAGCCUCAGGCAAGGUAUAGAUUCUCAGCCCUGUCUCAGGUUCUUGGGAAGAAGCCCCGCCCCUCCCCUGGCCCCACCCCCAUGUCCUAAUAGGUGUCAUCACCGCCCCCUGGAUUGCUUCAGCGCCCACUGGGGGGCGGUAGCGUCCACUUUGGGAAUCACUGCUCUAUAUGUUGCAGGGGAAACAAGCAGCGAGGAAGAACCGUACACAGUCCUGCUCUCAUAUUAUCCGUACAGGGGGGCCCAUGUGAUUCCCGAGGUCCCUCGUGAGACCAAGAGGGAACAAGCGAUAGUUCUGGCCAUUUUGGGUCAAACCUUUCUCAAAAGGACACGAUUCAGAAGGUGACUUUGGUAUCGUUUCCCGUAGAGAAAGCACUUCCCGUAAAGAGCCAGAAAGAGUCCGAGAGGUGGGACGCCAAAAGACAGCACUAAAUCAAAGCUUUAUUCCAGAAUAAGGGUCUUUCCGUUGUCUCCGGAGAGUCUUUUUUUCCCCCUGGGAAGGCCAGAGGUUUGGGGGGGAAUAUAGUGUGCUAUCCGUCGGCUACCGGCUGGGAGAGAGCGGCACUGGCCAGCGGAGGAGGAAGACUUCAGGGCACGGCGUGGAUGGCGUUUCUCCAGGGUUGGCUGAGCGCAGGGUCAGCGUCGAAGCAGGAAGACCGUCUGGGACACGAGUCCAAUCACAGUGGAGGAAAGAGCAAAAAGAACGACAGGGCCCCGGCUCCGAGCGCCUCUCGCAGUCGUCCGUUCUCACAACUUCUUGAGCUUGUUCUUCUGGAAUUUGGUGUGCACCACUUUCAACGUCGUCAGGAAGUUGCCCAGGAAGAGCACCAGGAAGGUGAGAGCCAGCACAAAAACCUGGAAAGAGGAGAGGGCGGGGUGUGCAGUACAAUUUAGAUAAGCAUCGUGCCUCCAAAGGAGAAAGAAACACCCUGAAAUCUUGGUGGAAUAUGAGCUCCUUGUCCGGAAUAUUAAAAAUUAACUAGGUAUUAUUAAUUAUCAGUUCCUCCACCCAUGUAGAUGACAGAAUUGUAUUUGAUGGCUGAUUGAUAUUAUUAACUAUUAUAAUACCUCUGUUUUAUAUUGUAUUUUGUUUUUAUUUUGUUUUAUUGUAAAUUGUAUGUGUGUUGUUUUUAUCUGAUUAUGUUGUUCGGGCUCUUGCCCCAUGUAAGCCACCCCGAGUCCCCUUGGGGAGAUGGUGGUGGGGUAUAAAUAAAGUAUUAUUAUUAAUUAUUA